AUGGUCUUUCGUUUUCUAAUGCGUUAUUUUGCCAAUAACGAACAGCUUAUCAAUCGUAUGGCCGAAAGUUAUCCUAUGCGUCGUGCAGCACAAAUUGUUGUCUCCCUGAUGUAUCGCGCCAAGGAUUUGGCACAUGAGACUAAGUUACAUGAAAUGUCACCGGAUCGUUUUAAAUCAUUUAUGAAUCUUUUCAAAGAUAAUGUGAAGAAGGAAAUCGAAGGAGUAAAGGACGAAAUAAAAAAGAAGAAAUUUUAGUUUGUAUAUUAGAAUGAAAAAUUAUUACGAAUUUUAAAGACUAUUUUUUGAUCAUUUUUUUGCGUUAAAUUAAGUUCUAAAUAAAUGUAGAAUAUUUAUGAAGGAGUUCGAAUAACACUCAACUUUAAAAA